AUGUCAGGUGCUGGAAACAGAGAGCAGGUCUUUCCGACUAGAAUGACUCUUGGUGUCAUGAAGAGCAAAUUGAAAGGAGCUCAACAGGGCCACUCAUUGUUGAAACGCAAGUCUGAGGCAUUGACGAAGAGAUUCAGAGACAUAACUCAAAGGAUUGACGAUGCAAAAAGAAAGAUGGGUAGAGUCAUGCAAACUGCUGCAUUCUCAUUGGCAGAGGUUCAGUAUGCUACAGGGGACAACAUUUCUUACCAAGUUCAGGAAAGUGUUCAGAAGGCCAGAUUUCAGGUCAGAGCAAAACAAGAGAACGUGUCUGGUGUUUACCUUCCCACUUUUGAUAGUAGCGUGGACGAGGAUAUCAAUGAUUUUAAACUCACUGGUUUGGGCAGGGGAGGUCAGCAAGUGCAAAAGGCUAAGAUGGUAUAUACUAAAGCCGUUGAAACAUUAGUCGAGUUGGCGUCGCUCCAGACUGCUUUUAUUAUCUUGGAUGAGGUGAUCAAGGUGACCAAUCGAAGAGUUAAUGCCAUUGAGCAUGUCAUUAUUCCAAGAACCGAAAAUACUAUCAGUUAUAUCAACGCCGAAUUGGAUGAGAUGGAUAGGGAAGAGUUUUAUAGAUUGAAGAAAGUUCAAGAGAAAAAGCAGGAGGCCUCCGCUGCAGCAGAGUUGGAAGAGGCAAAGACGAAGGCUAAUGGCACCGGCCAAGACGAAUUGCCAAACCAUACGAAUCAAAUCGAAGCAUCAGAGGCGGCCAGAGAGCUUGAAGCCUCCGACAUAAUUGAAAAUGCUGAGACAGACGACGUUUUGAAAGCGAAUGAGGAUGAUGUCAUAUUCUAG